GCUGCUGGAUCGCUUAUCUGAGAUCUCAAAGUCCGCCUUUCGCCCGUGCGCUCUCCCCUCUCCGCGGACCUGCCAUGGAUGUUACUCCUGGAUGUGCAUUCUUCAUUAUUUUCCUUCACUUUCAGCACGCGAAUACUCUUUACAUCGCCAACAGUAUAGAUUCCCUGCAGCAUGUCCUGAGGGAGUACGGGCUAGUGAGGCCGAUGAGCGUGGAUGCAGACGGACGCUUUCUCUCCCACGCCGUCUCUGCCAGCCGGUUGAGUGGGCAGGGGUCCCACCGGCGCAGGAGGAGGCAGGCCAACCAGCAUGGAGAGACCAAUGAGGAGACAAACUCAGAGCAGGACCACCUGAGGCACAAGGAGACACUCUUUUAUAAUGUCACUGUUUUUGGACAGGAGUUUCACCUUCGCCUCAGGCUAAAUUCCAGGCUAGUGGCCCCUGGAGCCAAAGUGGAGUGGCUUGAGGACGAUAACCAAAUGCACUCUGAGCCCUUGUUGCCCAGUGACUGUUUAUAUGUGGGUUACGUUACCAAUGUGCAGGAUACAUCAGUGGCUCUCAGUAAUUGCAAUGGCCUGGCAGGGAUGAUCCGUGCAGGUCAAGAAGAGUUUUUUAUCGAGCCACUGGAGAGAGAAGGCGACAUGACAGGAGAGGAGGAAGGAGGACCCGGCCGUCAUCACAUCGUCUACCGGUCCUCUGACAUCAAGAAGCCGGUCGUCAAUCAACCCGGUGACUUUCACCCCAGAGGUUCACCUCUGGGUCUUCAGGCUGGAUUGCAGUAUUUACCCCACCAUGUUAAGAAGAAAAUAAAGAGCAACACACGAACACGCAGAGAGACUUAUGAAGAUGAGAUCUUUAACAUCGAGGUUCUCUUGGGAGUCGACUGCUCUGUGGUGAUGUUUCAUGGCAGAGAGCACAUCCAGAAAUACCUCCUGACCCUCAUGAAUAUUGUGAAUGAGAUUUAUCAGGACAGCUCCCUGGGUGCCCAUAUUAAUGUUGUCCUGGUUAGAAUCAUGAUGCUCUGCUCCUCCAAGUCCAUGGGUUUGAUUGAGCUGGGCAACGCCUCUCAGAGUCUGGAGAAUGUCUGCCGCUGGGCCUACCUGCAGCAAAAAGAGGACAAGAAUGAUGCAGAAUACCACGAUCAUGCCAUUUUCCUCACCAGACAAGAGUUUGGGCCCACUGGCAUGCAAGGUUAUGCUCCCGUGACAGGAAUGUGUCACCCUGUGAGAAGUUGCACUCUGAACCAUGAGGAUGGCUUCUCGUCUGCUUUUGUUGUGGCCCAUGAGACAGGACACGUACUGGGGAUGGAGCACGAUGGCCAGGCGAAUGAGUGCGGGGAUGAGGUUCCCAUGGGGAGUAUAAUGGCUCCUCUGGUUCAAGCAGCCUUCCACCGCUUUCAUUGGUCCCGAUGUAGUCAACAGGAGCUCAGGCGAUAUCUCCAUACAUAUGACUGUCUGCGUGAUGAUCCCUUUGAUCAUGAAUGGCCAACUCUGCCCCAGCUGCCUGGCCUGCAUUACUCUAUGAACGACCAGUGCCGCUUUGACUUUGGCAUGGGCUACAUGAUGUGCACUGCGUACAGCACCUACGAUCCUUGCAAGCAGCUGUGGUGCAGCCACCCCGAGAACCCUUUCUUCUGCAAGACCAAGAAGGGCCCACCUAUCGAUGGGACCAAGUGUGCAACAGGAAAGCACUGUUUUAAGGGUCACUGUAUCAAGCUGACGCCAGACAUUCUUAGGCAGGAUGGCCACUGGGGUCAGUGGACCAAGUUUGGCUCCUGUUCUCGUACCUGUGGUGGUGGAGUACAGUUCCGAACUCGAGAGUGUAACAACCCAAUUCCGUCCAACGGGGGGCGCACUUGUUAUGGAAACAACUAUGAGUUCCAGCUCUGUAACAUGGAGGAGUGUGAAAAGGCCCUGGCUGACUUUAGAGAGGAGCAGUGCAAAAUGUGGAACCCCCACUUUGAGCAUGACGGCACCAAACACCAUUGGUUGCCCUACGAGCAUUCUGAACCUGAAGAGAGAUGUCAACUGUACUGCCAGUCAAAAGAAACUGGAGAUGUGGUCUCCAUGAAGAGAAUGGUGCAUGAUGGCACACGUUGUUCCUAUAAAGACCCUUACAGCGUGUGUGUGCGUGGGGAGUGUGAGAAAGUGGGCUGUGACAAUGUCAUAGCCUCGGAGCUAGAGGAAGAUAAGUGUGGCGUGUGUGGAGGAAACAACUCUACCUGCAAGAUAGUCAAAGGAAAUUUCACCCGCAGCACAAGGAAACCAGGUUUUCUGAAGAUCCUGGAGAUUCCUAGAGGAGCACGCCACAUACAGAUCCACGAAUUCAAAGGAACUCCGCAUAUUCUAGCGGUGAAGAACCAGGCCACAGAUCAUAUCUUCCUGAACGACGAAGGUGAUUUUCCUGAGUCACGUACAGUAAUUGAGAAAGGUGUGGCAUGGGAGUAUACUAACAAUGACGACAAGGAGACAGUCCAGACCACUGGACCACUCAAAUAUGGAGUUCUCAUUAUGGUCCAGUCUCAGAGCAUUUCUAAAGUCACGCUUUCAUACAAAUACAUCCUGGCAGAAGAUCCGCUCUCAUCGAUGGAGAACACCCUGCCUCAGGAUGACACAAUUUACUUCGAGUGGGCUCUCAGGAAGUGGUCACACUGCUCAAAGCCAUGUGGCGGAGGGAAACAGUACACACGUUUUGGAUGCCGGAGGAAGUCGGAUGGCAAAAUGGUACACCGCACACUCUGUGCCAACAUACCCAAGCCUCGUGCCAUCAGUCGAGUCUGCAACCAGAAGGAGUGCUCAGAACCAAUCUGGGUGACAGGAGAAUGGGAGGAGUGCAGUAAAUCAUGUGGUAAGACUGGUUCUCAGACUCGACCUGUGCGCUGUGUGAGACCUGAACUGGACGGUUCAUACAAAGCCAUCAAUGCUAAGUAUUGCAAUGAUGACCGGCCUGAAGGGCGACGAUCCUGUAAUCGUCACCUAUGCCCUGCACAAUGGAGAACUGGACCUUGGUCUCAGUGCUCAAUGACCUGUGGUAACGGGACUCAGGAGCGGCAGGUCAUGUGCAGCACCCCUGAUAAUGCCAUCGGCGUCUGUAUGGACACCAAGCCUGACAGCAUCAAAUCAUGUCUGCUGGCACCGUGUCCAAAUGACAGAGGAAACUUCCUCAUCCAGUGGCUCUCCAGAGCAGACCCUGAGUUCUCAGCGCCCAAGAUCUCCUCAAGGUCCCGCUGUAAAGGAGACAAGUCGGUGUUCUGUCAGAGGGAAGUUCUCAGUAAGUACUGCUCCUACCCGGGCUACAGGCAGAUGUGCUGCAAGUCCUGCAAAGCGGGCAACCACUCCUCUGAAUUCAACCUGACUAGACCCAGGAUGUACACCACUGUCACUCCUAACAUAACUCCCACUGCAAUGGCUCCCGUUCGCAUGACACAGCUGUACAGGACCUCACAGAAGCCCGCCACAACAAUCACACCGUCGGUCAGCAGAUGGAGAAACAUCAGCACAGAGCCCAGCUCUUGGGGCUACACAACCACUGUGAAUCCGACAACCCUAAAACCAGCAACCACAGUCCCUUUCACCACUGGUUCUGUCACUGUGCACACGAAGCACCCCAGCACACUCGAGUAUGAAGAGGAAACCAGCACCCCCUUCUACGAGGAUGAACCCUGGAGCGACGUCUCAACCGAACACGUCUCAGAAUCCCAAUCGUCAGAGUCCAUCUCAUCAUCUGCAGAGCCUUGGCCAACAUCACCACAAUAUAAAACCACACCUCAGAAUAAAAACAUCGAGACAACGCUACAACCUAACGUUACUGCAACAACAAGCCCUCCUGCCAUAAUCACUCUCCAUCAGUCGGAAGACAAGAAGGAGAAUAACUCCAUCGACGUGUCCUACAGGAUUGUCAAUCCGAACGAGGCCGCACUUAACCACUUUGUUCCCAGAAAUCGAGUGCCCUUCCGUGAGAAAACGCACAAUAAAAGAAUUCAAGAGCUUCUUGCGGAGAAAAGACAACGGGACUUCCUGCUUCAAAGACUGAAACGAAAACCAGGAGACUGAUACAUUUCCUUUUCUUUAUCCCUGUGGUAUUUUGUGAGUAUAUUUUAAGUGGUUUUAUGGCCUCUACACUCUUUCUUGGCAUUUGCAAUAUUUUGACAGGAAAUAACCUCAGAUCGCAGUCUUUCAUGUAGUGUCUGUUUAAGGCAUCUGAUCGGAUAGAAAAUUGACCAUAGUCAUGUUUGGUUGGGUUUUUUGAAGAUGACAUUGCCCCAGGGAUUUACCACACACACAUACCACGAAAAGUUGUGUUGUUUGUCAUUAUCUCACUUUUAAAGGUUUACUGGCCCAGCUGAAAACAUAGUUAAAUCAGCUCAAGCUGGUUUGCUGGUCAAAGAUGGUCUGGUUUGUUCGUUUUAGAUGGGUUUUGUUCAGACCAGCUUAACCAGCUGAACACAAUCUUGACCAAAAUCGAAAACCAGCUUAAACAAGACUAGCUAAAAAUCUGGUUCAAUGCUUUUUGUCAUCAGGAGAAUGAUGUUUCAACAUUUGGUGUAUCUUGUCCAAAGUUUUAAGUCAUCUUACCUGUAAUUGCAUUACAGAACAGUAUAUAUAAAGCUAACUGCCCAAGGACUCCCUUCGAAAAUGAACUGAUUUUAACAUAAAUAAAAACAUGAUUAUGGUUAUGCCAUAAUAAAAUGCUACACUAAACAUAGUUUAACCAUAGUAUUUGUAGUAAAACUGUGGUUAUACAAAUGGUAAUCAAUACGUCAAAAAACAACAUGGUUAAUACACUUUUACUACAAUAAAACCAUGGUUUAUUUCCACAUACAAAGAGGUUUACUAUAUCAUCAAUAGUGUAGCGAUGUGUGAAGCACAGUUCAUACAGAAGUCACUUUUAAACCAAGCAGCAUUCUGUUGAUCAGUGCGUUGAAUCUGUAUUAGGAAAUAUUUUGUCUCUACACGAAAUUCCAGAUUGUGUUGAUUCCUGUUGAAAAAGAUUGAAUUUCAUGUGUGGAAAUUCGUAAAACAAUGGUAUUUGAUAGCACCUCGAAUUUGGAUACUCAAACCUUAUGUUGAAAAAUCAUUCUCGUCGGGGGUGGUAAUGUGUUCAGAAAUAUUCAUUUGCUUCUAAAUGAACAAAUGUAAAUCAGCUAGUUGCGGCAUAAUGGAAUAUAAACUACUUCGCACUUCAGCAAUAUGCUGAGUAAACCGCAAGACACAUCGCAGCAGGCAAAUGUGUCGCAAUGUUUACAUGGGGAAGAACCAACACAGAUGGAUGCCCAUUAGGAUGACUGCUGUGGGAUUGCCGGUCAUCUCUUGACAUUUUGGAACAAAACGUGAAUUCUGUAACCACAUGGCUAUUUCCUGCAAACACUUAUCUGGCUUCUCUCUUAAUAAAUGCACAGAUCUGAAUCCCUUUCGUAAAUGUUGUAAAUAUGAGCUAGAAUUUAUUUUUUGUAUUUAUUGAAGUACCUGUGCUUUCUCCCAAAGCCGCUUUGUGUUUAUUAGACCACUUUGCGCUUUUUUUUUGUGCAUGCGGCAUGAGUGACAAUCCUACACGUAUCCAAGAGCCAAUACUAUGAUAUCUCCUCUACAUUGUCCAAACACUGUAUUGAGAAAUCAGUGUACAUUACAAAUGCAAUAGACAUCUGCAUUCUUCAUUCAUGACCGUCCACAUUCUUGAUUCAAGGGGUACAAGUGGACGUCUGCAUUUUUGAUUCAUCACAUUCUUCACUUAAUAAAGCUGCAAAUGAA